GUGGUACCCUGUACUUCUUCAUCUUUAUUCCACAAACAUGCAAUUGCAGGGGCGGGAUGAUACCGAUAAGAGAGAAUAUGAUCACAGUAUCAAUUUAUUCUGGAAAGAACCGAACGGAGACAGACAUAACGCCCUUGAUGGUACUUAAUUUACAAGUAGUACCUGUAGAAUCAAUGCUGUUCUACUGUAGAAUCUUAGAAGUUCUUCUUGUCAUGUAGUUCUUGUUUUUAUAGUUCUUGGAAAGAAAGAAUGUAUUCGACGCGGCGAAUCGGGCAGAACCCGGGAGCAAGCUUAAUAAGAAAGUAGUAAAAAGCGUCCAGUGUAACACGCUUAAGAAGAUUUUCACAUCAAAAGAGGUAAGACUACAAGAAGGUCGAAAAAAUGGGUGUCCUCGCACGUGCCAAGGGCAAGACGGUCGCGAAGCAAGUCCGCAAACAGGAGCAACGCGAUGUCUGCGUCUUAUGCGGCGACCGAGUGAAGGAUUUAGAUGCGCAUAUGAAGCAAAGCCACGGCUUCGUGUGUCCUUUCUGUAAAAAGAGACAUGGCAACAAAUUAGCGUGGGCGAACCACAUCCGAGACAUCCACGGAACCAGUACAAAAGAUGCGGAGAAGUUGCAAGCCGGUGGUGGUUUGUUCUGUACUAGCAUCUCUAUGUCAGCUAGCUCUAGAGGAGGUCUAGGUCUGGGCUGUGUUGACAAGAACGCAGGCUCAUCUACGUCUUUUAGAAGUACUACCUGUGCUGUGUCAUCAACUGCUUUGAGUGCUGGUUCUUUUGGGACCAUUUUAUCAACGUCUGCUUCCAGUGCAGGGGCUAGCGCCAAGAGAGGUAAGCGACAAUUGCGGAGAACAAAUAAGGUGUAUGGAGUUGUCUCCUCUUCAAGUUGUACUAGUUCAAAUGUCCUCGGAGAAAGCAGUUUCUUUGGAUCUACAUCAUCAUUUUCAAAAAUACUUGGCGGACAAGGACAACCAGGAGCAGGAGGAGUAGCAACUUCCUCAAGUGCGCCACCCAGUGCGUGUACGUCGCCGAAGAACUUCUCCAACCUGAGUCAUUUCGACCAUCAGAACCGCAACAAAACACUAGCACCUCACUUAUCGGCUUCGCUAGCAACUACUACCUCCCAUGCUUCCAAAAAUGCCACUAAUACGUCGAGUAACAAGAAUAAAGCUCUACUAGCAAGAAGUAAAACUAGCGGAUCAGUGUUUACUCGUUUUGCCAAUGCAGGCAGUAGCGAUGACGAAGAUGCUGAUGUAGGGGAUAUCGACACGACUGCUCUGCUAGAUGACGGAUUUUCUAGCCGCAGUAGUGCUGGAUUUCAGCAUCUUCAGUCUGCGUCGUCCAACAGGUCUGUAUCCGCGGCUAGUAGUUCUAGUACAGCAGCUAGUAGUUCUAGUACAUCCGAUACAUCCUCGACGACAGCAGCUUCUUCGACUAGUAGUGUACUACAACUAGGAGCAUGCAGCGCGACUCUGCAACGCUCAGCGACAAUGCAUAGUUACAUGUCGGCUCCCCAUCAGCCACGGGAGUUCAAUGCGUUCAAAAGCGUAGUUGUGAACUCUAGUACGGCGAAUAUGGUUCCACAACCGGGUAUGCGACAUUUGGAGGAAGGCGACUUUUUUGCUUCGGCUAUGGCGAAUUCGAACUCGAUGUCGAUGAGCGGAGCAACGUCAAUGAUGAACAGCAUCAUCGGUACUACUGGAGGAAUCUUCCAGCAUUCUACGACCUCGAUGAGUGGAACAAGUGCCUUGCAUCAGCAUAACAGUUCCCCAGCACUUUUCGGAUAUCCACAAGGAAGCAGCACAUCUUUGAGGUUUAACAUGGACGAGCAUGCUACGUCGUUUGGUAGGGCAGAGUUCGGUAGCUAUGCCACGGGUGCGCCGAUGAUUCCAGACAUCGAGGACGACGACCUGUAACUGUAAGAAGAACUGCACAGUGCUGGUGGCAUUGAUCAACAUGCUACGUUGGGGCACUUGCUGUUUUGAGGGGUUAGAAUUGGCACAGCUGAACUUGGAUCAUUGCGACUUUCGAUUCGUAACAAGGCCUUCCAUGUUUAUGUACUAUCCACCAGUACUAGAUGUUCAUCGACGCGAGCUCGAGUAUUAAGUAUAUUACAGCAUCUUACAACGUACGAGAUCCCGCGAACCUAAUUCCUUACCCCAAAUGAAAUCCUCACUGCAAGAAGAACUUUCACGCGACAAGAAACGGAAGUAUGCGCUCAACAU